GCGCAGGAGAAGGUCAGCAAGGAGAAGGAGAACGCAGAGAAGAAAGCCAACAACGACACUUGGAGCGAGUGGCAGCCGGAGCAUUGGGUGCUGAGUGAAGACGAAGAACGGGAGGCUCGCAAGCUAGAGAAGAAGCUUCGGGAGAUCGCAGCCCUGGAGCAGCUUCAGGAGCAGGGCAGGGGCUUGGAUUCGCUUCAGCUGCAAAAGGUGGAUCGGAAGAGUGAGAUCGAGGCUCAUGAGGUACUGCGCAAAGUGCGCCUCGGUUACCACAGGAUCAACCUGCAGGCUGCUUAG